AUGGCGUUAAUCCAGCCUUUUUCCGUCUCUGGAAAAACCGCCAUCAUAACUGGCGCCGGCUCUGGUAUCAAUCUUGCUUUCGCGGAACUUCUUCUCUCCCGGGAUUGCAACGUCGUCUUUGCGGAUCUGGAGCUGCGGCCAGAGGCAAAAGAUGUCAUUUCCAAGUACCAGAGCGACGAAAGAAACCAGGCUUCCUAUAUCCGGACAGACGUAACCUCAUGGUCCGACCUCACUAAAAUGUUUAACUUUGCCCUUGAAACUUAUGGUGAUUUCGACAUUGUUUGUCCUGGAGCCGGAGUAUAUGAGCCUCACUGGUCCAAUUUCUGGCAUCCACCUGGGUCCAGCGAAAGUAGGGAUGCGCUCGACAAAGAUCACUACGCGCUGCUUGACGUCAAUCUGACGCAUCCCAUUCGUGUAACUCAGAUGGCAAUAUCGCAUUGGCUGUAUCCUCGCCCGCCGGCCGAAGGUUCCAAAUUCAAGAGUGCUCCCCCCAAGGUGUCCGUCGGUAACCCGAAGAGGGUUGUUCACAUCUCUUCAGUUGCUGCCCAGAUUCCCGUGUUUAGAGCGCCGCUAUACGGCGCAUCAAAGUUUGGUCUUUCAGGCUUCAUCCGCUGUCUCGCACAACUAGAACCUCGAUUUGGCGUGCGCGUGAACGGCGUCGCCCCUGGUGUCGUGCGAACUCCUCUUUGGACGGAGCAUCCGGAAAAGCUGAUGAAUGUUGACGUUGCCCAAGACGCGUGGGUCACUCCGCAAGAAGUGGCUCAAGCAAUGCUGCGAUGCGUUGAAGAAAACGUCAACUUUGGGGGAACGAUCCUGGAAGUUGGCGCAGGCAAUACUAGGAGAGUAAAGAUUUACAACGAUGCAGGCCCGGAUCUAGAUCCCGCCAAGGGGCUUGUUACCAGCAAUAGUGCUCUUGGUGAUGAUGAAGUUGUUGACUGGCUACAUGAAGAGGCCAUUUGGGGAGCUCACGAAUAG